AACAUGGUGCUGAAGGUCUUUGCUGAUCGGAUUUCCCAACCAUCUCGUGCAAUUCUCAUCUUCUGCAAAAAAAAUGGGAUAGAUUUUGAGGAAAUCCGAGUAGAUGUCUUCAAAAACCAGCAAUUCACCCCUGAAUACAAAGCAAUAAAUCCUAUGUCUCAAGUUCCAGCAAUAGUUAAUGGACGUUUCAAGCUGUUUGAAAGUCAUGCAAUUCUUAUCUACUUAUCUUGUGCAUUUCCAGGAGUUGCUAGUCAUUGGUAUCCUGGUGAUGUAUCCAAAAGAGCUAAAAUCCAUUCUGUUUUGGAUUGGCAUCAUUCCAAUUUACGCCGUGGGACAGUUGGACUUGUUUUCAACACUAUCUUGGCACCACAAAUUGGCCUCCCUUCAAACCUUCAAACAGCCAAGGAAUCCGAGAAGUUACUCAUGAAAUCGCUGACUAAAUUAGAAAACUUUUGGCUAAAAGAUGGAAGCUUUUUGGUUGGAAGUUCUCAACUAUCAAUAGCAGAUCUUAGUUUAGUAUGUGAAAUCAUGCAACUUGAGCUUCUGAGUGAGACAGAUUGUAAUCGGAUAUUAAGCCCUUACAAGAAAGUUGUUCAGUGGAUGGCAGAUACAAAGAAGGCAACUGCACCUCAUUUUGAUGAAGUUCAUGAGUUUCUCUUUAAAGCCCAGAAAAGAUUUCGAGAGCAGACAUCAAAAGAAUCUGAGAAAGAUGAAUUGAAGUCCAAGUUGUAAAAUUAAACAUAAUCUUUAUCUUGGUAAAGACUAAAAUCGUUUUAUUUCUGUAUAAUUAAUUCACCACGUAAUGUUGUUAUGUGAACUGUAUUAAGUUGAAAUAAACCAUUAAUGAGAGAUUAUGUAAUGUAAUCAUCGUUACAUUUUAAUUACCUGGAUUUCAUAUAAAGUAUCGAAGAAUACAGGUGAUGGUGUUAUAUAUUCCUACACUUUUUCCUAACCCACAUUUGAUAAAAAUAAGAAUAAAAAAAAGUGAUGUUAUUUUAGGUUUAGGAGAAUACAUUAUUAGUAUCGUACAAGUGGUGUGGAGCAUUAAAUACUAAUUUAAACUCAUGCUGACGAUUACUUUGUUAAUCAUAAAGAGGUGAAAGAUUGUUUAUUGGAGUUGAAAUUUUUUGCAACUCCGAAGAUUCAGUCUGUGCUCGAAAAACAUGGCGCUGAAGGUAUAUGCUGAUCGGAUGUCCCAACCAUCUCGUGCAGUUCUCAUCUUCUGCAA